ACACUGUUCUGAUUGGACUAAAGCAAAUGAAAGAAACUGUUUGACACAUACAACAUUUUCCGUCUUAGCUAUUAUAAAUGCAACCUUGUUUGGCAAACGCUUAAGUCCGCAUACAGGUUGUAAGCACGGAAGUCAAUAUUUUAAGUUGUGGACAUCAUUGUUAUAACAAAAUGUGCAGAAUUGUGUUUGCCGUGUGUGGAUACUUGGCGCUAAGCGGUGUUGUCGGCAACGUAAUUGUAUGCGAAAAUUCAAAGGUCUACUUGUCAUGCCCCGAGGGCCAAAAAAUAGCGAUAUACAACGCCAACUACGGGAGGACCAGGGAUGCAACCAUCUGCCCCCAUCCGCAAAUUAUAAGCCACAGCUGCUACUCGUCUGGUUCCUUCACCAAAGUCAAGAAGAGUUGUAACGAGCAAAACGAAUGCACUUUGUACGCAUCAAACUCGGUGUAUGGAGAUCCGUGUGGCGGCACUUACAAGUACCUGGAGAUUCAGUACACAUGCAUCUCUGCAUGAAAAACGUGGGCAUUGAAAAGAACUUGAUUUGAACUGGUUUUAUAUUAUAUUUUUUAAUUUGAUUGACUAAAAAUAACAACUUUAAAUAUGAAGCUACAGGAAUUAUUGCUUACUGUAAAAUGUUAUAAUGCAAAUAAAUUUACAACUGAC